AUGGGCGCCGGCGCCCCCAAAGCUCGCAGCCUGCGGCCCUUCGCCUCGCCGGUGGGGGGCGGCGGCCCGGAGGCGGCUGUUGCUGAGCAAGCUUUGCCCCCCGCCCCCACCCCGCCGCCCUUCGGAGUCACGCGCCGCCGCGGCUCCAUGUUCUAUGCCGAGGAUGGCGAUCUGGCUCACGAGUUCUAUGAGGACACGGUGGUCACCAAGAACGGGCAGAAGCGGGCCAAGCGGAGGCGGGCGCAUGAGAACCUGAGUCUUCAGGGCAUCCGAAGCUGGAUCCCCCCUCGCAUCCACGUGGAUUUCCCUGCGAUCCUCUAUGAGGUGUGA